CUCACCGGCAGCAAGUUUCUGCUAUACCACUGAUAAACUGGACAGUCCGGACAAUUUUAUACAUCAAAAUUGCCUGAGUACAUCCCUACAAUGGCCUCCACCUCAGUUGGGGAUAAACAGUUGCAGAGGAUAAUCAGAGAUCUGCAUGAUGCAGUGAUAGAGUUAAGUAAGGAACACAGGGAGUGUGGUGAACCCAUAACGGACGACUUCGCCAACCUGCACAAGUUCUUCUACAAACUAGAAUACCUGCUGCAGUUUGACCAAAAAGAGAAGACAACCUUUCUUGGCCAGAGAAAAGACUACUGGGAUUACUUCUGCGACUGCCUGAUUAAGAUCAAGGGAGCUAACGAUGGCAUCCGUUUCGUUAAGUCCAUCCCUGAGUUGAAGACAUCACUGGGGAAAGGAAGGGCUUUCAUCCGCUACUCGCUCGUUCACCAGCGUCUUGCUGACACACUGCAGCAAUGUUUUAUGAAUCUGAAGGUCACAAGUGACUGGUAUUAUGCCCGGAGUCCUUUCCUCAAGUCUCACCUGACUGGAGACAUAAUCAACAAUCUUUAUGAACUCAACCAGAUCCAAUUUGAUGUGGCAGCCAGAGGUUAUGACCUUGAUGCAGAUUGGCCAAAAUUUGCAAGGCGAACAUUAGGAUCUGGCUCCUCAGCUUACCUUUGGAAACCCCCGAGUCGCUGCUCUAGUGUGAACAGUCUGGUUAGCAGUUAUUCACACUCACAGGGUCAGGAGUUCCUUCCAGUCCCAGACUUGAGCCACAGUGGUCUUGAUGAACUGGGAGAACUGGGGGAACCUUCUUCCUGCAGCAUUGCAGAGAAUCUGCGCAUUGAGCUUGACCAGUCCGAGCUCAGACAGCAGGAGCUUUUGGUGCGGGUUCAGGAGUUAGGCAAGGAGGCUGCGGAGCUGAAAGAUAUUGUAAAACACCUUCAAGAACAGUUGUCAGCUCAGAAGUCUGCCAAUUCGACAUCUACAGCAGUCCAAAGUAACCCAGAAACAUACAGUGAAGAAAGAGUUAAUCACUAUCAAACCUGCAGGGAACCGAUAAGAAGUGAACUUCAAGAUAGACUCACAACUGCUGAGAACAAAAAUAUGGAGCUUCUUUCUAAGUUAGAUGAGGCUCUUAAAGAAAGGGGCCAACAAACUGCUAGUUACUGUGAAUCAGCCUGGAAAAUCCAGGAACUCCUGGAUAAACUCAAGUCUGCAGAGGAGGGGAGGCUGGAGGCUAAGAGAGAGGCUGAGGACACGGCGAGGCACUGUGAAUGUCUGUCGCAGCAACUAAAACUCAGGGAAGAAGAAUUGAAGAAUGCUAAGGAGAGGCUAGCUGAAGUAAAAGCUGGAGCUGAUGACGAACGGGAGGCAGCGCUCAUGCGGUUAGAGGAGCUCCAGAGUGCGGUUGGUCGAAUUCAGGGGGCAUUGACUUUGAAAGAGAAAGAGACAGGGAAUUUGAGAGCACAGCUUCAGGACCUGCAGGCCUCACUGGAAUGCAGGGAAAGGCAGGCGGAGGAACUGAGAAAAAUGCUCCAGGAAGAGAGGGAGGAGGUAGAGAAGCAGUGUAGUCUCAGUAGCAGCCAGAAUGAGGAACUUGAGAGUCUGAGCUUGGAUUUAAGAAAAACGCUUAAAAGCAGAGAGAAAGAGCUAGCUGCGAGUUCAGAAAGAAUCAAACAUUUGGAGGAGCAGUUAGAUAAGCUAAACGUGGGGAAAGAAACAGUGGCCCCUCGAAUUAUUGAUGAUGAAAUAACAUCUUGCAGUCAAUCAGAGAAUACUGCAGAUGACAAAACACAGUUCAGCAGUCUAAUGGAAAUAAAUGCUAAGCUUCUCCAAACGGUUAGGAAAAGUGAGGUAAGCAUUUCCGAGCUAACUGAGAGCAGGGCUGCCCUGUUAGACCAGCUAGCUUCUUUGAAGGCGUCUGAGAAGCACUUCAGAAGUAGAGUAGAAGCUGCAAAGAUGAGUGUGGAAGACAGAGAGAAAAAGCUUUUAGAUGAAAACCUGAAAUUGGAGGAGAUGGUUCAGAAGGCGUUUAUGCAAAGGGAGCAAUCUGAUGCUCAGUUAAAGAAGCUGGAGCAUGAGAAUACUGAGCUUCUCGGCAGUCAGUCCACACUGAAGAAACAGUUAGCCACAACUCAACAGGAACUGGAUUCAUUCACUACCAAAGCUGAAAAGUUAGAGAAGAACAUUAUAGCGUCGCAGAAAAGCCAAGCAGAGUUACUUGAAAAGCUCCAGGAAACCGAAGCUAAGCUAAGAGACCAGACUGUAAAAUGUGAGCUUCUCCAAGGUCGAACUGAUGAGCUAGAAAGCAGGAGUGGGGAGCUGCAUGAUGAAAAAGGAGCCGCAGAGAGCAACGAAAAAAUGCAAAAGCUUCACAGUGAGCACCAGACUUCCUCAGUGGAAUCCAAAGAGGCCCCAUUCAGGCUGGUUAUAGCUGAGGCACAACUGGAAGUCAACGUGAGAGAGGUAACCAGGCUCCAGGAAGAGGUGGUGGAGCUUAGGGCACAACUCCUGGCAGGAAAUGAGGAGAGGAUGAAAGCUCAGGCCCUGCAGGAGGUGACAGAAGCCUCCAGAGAAGACCUUCGUGUUUUAGUAGAACAACUGAAGGCCCAAGUGGAGGAACUAAACCGCCGGCAUGUGGAUGAAAUUCUUAGAUCUCGCGAGCGUGAGGAGGCUCUUAUUCGUGAGCGAGAUGGCGAGGCACAGGCUCGAGCCGGUCUUGCUGCAGAGGUGACGGCCUCUAGAGAGGAGCUUGAUAAGCUUAAGAUGCGUUACAAUGCUUUGUGUCUGGAGAACAGUGAAUCAAGGGAGGCCCUUCACAGAGCCAACACAGAGACCGCAGAACUAGGCGUGCACGUGUGCAUGCUGACCGCUGAGAACGAGGAGGCUCGGCUGCGCUGGGAGGGUCAGUCAACAAAGCUGCAGGAGCUGGAGGAGGAGGCGGCUCAGGAAGCAGGAAGGCUGAAUGCCUGCAUGGAGCAGCUGCGCAAGGAGAACCAGGAGCUCCACAGUCAGCUCCCAAACACUGAGAAUUUGAUGGCAUCCAAGGAGAAACUGGAGAAACAGUUGAGGGAGGCCCAACAGGAAGUCGAAGCUGUGCGGGAGAUGAACCAGGAAGAGAAUCAACAACUGCAGCUGCAGCUCAGCAGUGAAGCUGUGAGCCAUGAAAGCCAGCUCCAGAGCACGAUUCAAGAGUUAGAGGAUGUUAAAUUGCAGCUCCAGACUGAGCAUGAGAAGGUAGUUGCCCUGGAGAACAACCUCAAGGGGCUAGAGGCUGAGAAUCAGAGAUACUGCCAACAGAUUGAGGAGACAAACAUCCAGAUGGCCGAGUCUGAAAACCUCAUCCAGCAGAAAGAAGACGAGAUAAUCCAUCUGAAAGGGAAUUUAUCAAGAUCUGAGGAGGCGUUAGCAGUUGCUCAGCGGGCCUGUCAGGAGAUGGCUGAAAACCUACGGAGAGUCACACAGGACAAACAAAGCUUUGACGUGAAAAUGGCUGCUGAACUGGAUGAUCUUUACCGUACCAAAAUCAAUUUGGAAGAAAGGCUUGUGGAGCUCAUCAGGGAGAAAGAUGCCCUUUGGCAGAAGUCAGACGCUCUGGAGUUUGAGCAGAAGCUGCGGGAUGAGGAGUCGGAGAGGGACGUUAACUACUGUCUGGGCUGCCACACUCAGUUCAGCUGGUGGUUCCGCAAGUACAGCUGCAGGCUGUGUGGUCGUCCUUUCUGCUACUACUGUUGCAGCAGCACAGUGAGCACCCAGCAGGGUGGCAACAGAGAGCGCUGCUGUAAGGACUGUUACAACCAGCACAGUGCAGUAGUUGAGCGCCACCCGCAGGAAGAAGUGACUCACAGCACACCGGGAACACCAUUUAGGCGCUUUCUGCAGGCUGGCCUGGCUGUAAGCGGUGUUUCAGGAGCAGGUGGAGAUGAGAAACUGGACGAUGGUGUUUUUGACAUUAUCACAGAUGAAGAAGUGAUUGGGGCGUACGACAGUGAAUCCCUGUCUUUUGUCCCCGCUUGCUCGCCUGGACAUGGACAGCAGGGGGCAGCACAACUAAACAGCAGUGCCAGUGCGGGAGACGUCACAUCAGAGGAUACUGACGACCUCAGCGCUGCGGUACAGGACGCAGAGAUCUGCCUGCUGAAAUCUGGAGAACUGACGUUCUCUGUGCACUUCACGGUGGAUGACAUCGCAGCGUUUGGCGACAGCCCCCGAGAGCUCUUCAUCAAAUCCAGCUGUUACAGCACCAUCCCCAUCACCAUGAGCAACCGUGGUCCUACCGUGUCCUGGACCUUCACAUCUGAACCAAAGAGCAUCUCCUUCAGUGUGGUCUACAGGGAGAGCACUGAGACUCCACUGGAACAAGCCAAGGUUUUGAUCCCUCUGACCCGUUGUAACUCCCACAAGGAGACAAUACAGGGGGAACUAAAAGUCAGAAAUCCUGGAGAAUACACACUUAUCUUUGACAAUUCCUUCUCCAGGUUCAUCUCUAAGAAAGUGCUGUAUCAUCUGAGUCUAGACAAGCCUGUGGUCUACGAUGGAACCGACCUCCUCUGAGUGUGGCAGGAGCAGCACGAGGAUGUGUAACACUGACUUUUUCAAACUGUCAAGGCUGUUUAAGCGCAUAGGUAUCACUUCAGAGUCUUCUGAUGCUGAGCAGCCUCAGCGGAAAGGUCACAGCAUUAAAACACAUAAGUAAAUAACAAUAUUACACUACGGUAUGUCAGCAUGCACUUUUAUGAAAGCUAGUUUAAAUAUACAUAAGGAAGGAUAUCCAAAGUUCAGGCGCUUUCGUAUUUGAAUGUGACCGCUUAAUGUGUGUGUCAGUUAAAAUCUUCUUUUCAUAGUAUGAGAAGUUUUAUGUUUUGAUAUCCAAAAGUAUCAAAAUCAAACAAAAAGGGUUGAGAAAGUGUUUAUAUACACUUUAAAAAAAAACAGGGAGGGAUGUGGGGUGUUGCGUAAAUAAGAUAAAAAUUCUUUAUGAGAAAAAAAAUAAUAUACAGUAAUAAUUGUAGUACAUUGUUCCCAGAAAAGCUCUGACUGCUGGCAAACACAUGCGAUUGAGUCAUAAUCAAACAGGGAGCCUCUUGUUGUGAAAGCGUCUGUGGUUGCAAGCUGAGAUCAAAUCUAAUCACUUGAUUUAUUAACGGUAACUUUGAUUGUAAAACUUUUCAGUGGAAGAAUUCAACUCUGAUGUUAACAGAGUCUUAACUGACGCAUCAGUGGACAUUAAUGCUGCGGUAGAAUGAGCCCAGCAGUCCUUUCACAUAUCUUUCUUACUGUUGCCUUUUCAGCUGUCAGAAAUUAGAUGAAAUGGAUGUGUUGCAAUCAUGACGAAGCUUAAAUGGAAGAAACAGAACCACAGGAAGAACCCGGAAAGCAUUUGGUUUUAUUUAUCUUGAGUAAACAGGCUUUAUUUCAGUGCUUUGUCUCUAGUGGUUGCAGCUGAAGACAGAGGGGAAUGUGGCUGCUUGGGUUCUGUGCAUGCAAACAUUAAGAGUGUGUGCAAGCUUUCCCAUCUUCAUUACGCACAUAUCAAAAUGUAAGUUUCAGUGCUUCAGUAUUUAGUUGUUUUUCCCCAUCAGUUUAACCAUCACUCUUGAUGGUUUUACAUUUAAAGUGAGCAAAAAUGGGACAAAUUCUCAUGAAAAGCACAAAGCUGUUACUGUCUCUAGAAAGAAAAAAGAAUCAUCUUUAGAAUGAUUUUCUUGGGGUUUUUUUAUGCUUUUGCUGUGUAAUGUUCUGGAUGAGUUAAUUAGAGUGUUUUGUUAUGAGAAAUGUGCAAAACCUGCAGUGUGUCAAACAGAAAACACGAGCCUCAGCCUUUAAAUCACACAAGUCUAAAAAUUCUGUUACUUUAAUACUUGAAUUUUUUCAUAUGUGGACCUUUAAAAGGUUUAAUGUGGAAGAUGAUCCAAGUUUUCAAUCAGCAAUCCUCUCAGUGUCUCAUCAUUUAACAAUACUGACAGAGUAACAUUGAUUUAACUGCUUUGCUCUAUCCAGAGGUUUUACAAAAUCUCCUCCACCAUUUUAAACCCAUUUUGUAAUUUAUGUUGUGAAGAACUGACAGGAGAAAAGAAAAUAAGGAAAAAUGCUAAUUGAUUUUUAUACAUCCGCUCAUUAAGAGUGACAAGUUGCCAAAUAUAUUUUACAAUUCUUAAAUGGGAGUUUCUAUUUAAAGACACUGCGACAUGACUGCUGUAUAAUGCACUUUGUGAAAGGGCUUUUUGUCGAUAUGUAUCCCAUGAGCCUUUGUGCCAGAUGAUGAAUGAGGUUUUUUUCUCCUCCAUAUGUAGGCAGUGUUUGAUUGUAGAUGUUUACAGCUGGAUUUACCAGAGGGAAUCUGCCGGCAUGUCUUAUGAGAACUAAAUAUUUAUACUAGAAAUGAUGUACGUUUAUGGUUAAUAAAUAAGGAUUGUGUGAUGAA